AUGUCCCGAAGGCCUUUCUCUGCUUCCUCCCUCUACUCCUCAUCUCUCUGCUGCCUCAUCUGUCUUUUCUCCCCCCCCCCGUUUUCUCUAUACCUCAUCCGCCAGCGCAUCGCCCAUCUGGUGGAGGAGGCAGGAGACGCCAUGUGCAGCACCGGGCAGUGGGGGGAGGGCGUGACGGGGGGGUAUGGGAGUGGAGGCGAGGAUGAGGAAGGAGGCACUGUGGUGGAAGGGGAGGAGAGUGAGAGUGCGGGGAAGGCCAAGCAGAGGCGGAGGGAGCAGCAGGAGGAGGAGGAGCGGCGUGUGACUGACUGGCUGAACUCGCUGCUGAGCUGCACUGCUGCAGAUGAUGAGACCAGCAAGCUGCAGGCCAUGCUGCGAGCGGUGAAAGCCGAGAAGCUCAAAGUGAGGUUCAAGUCACAUCCCUGGCCGCUCCCCUCCUCGCCCUCUCUCCUCGCCCCUGCCCCCUCCCCCUCCACCUCCUCCUCCACCACCACCACCACCACCACCACCACCGCCUCAUCCUCCUCCUCUGCUUCCUCCUCUGCUUCCUCCUCAGCGCCCCUCUCCCAUCAUCUCAUCACCGUGCAUGCCUUCCAAGACGCGGCCUUUCGCAGAUACCAGCAACUGAUGCGCAAGAACCCCGGGCUAUGGCCUCUGUACCGAGGAUUCUUCCUGGAAGCUGCGGUUGUGGAAGUGGACAAGGGCACGGGGAAGCAAUUGGUAGCUGCAACAGCUGAUGCUGCUGCUGCUGCUGCUGCUGCUGGUGGUGAUGGUGAUGAUGAUGAUGAUGAAGUGGGAAGCGGGCGGAAGGAGAAGGCAAAGGAAUUGAGAGAGGAGGAGAAUGCGGAGGGCAAGGCCAGGGAGGAGGAGGAGGAGGCGGAGGAGGGUGGGAAGGAGGAGGGCGGGGAGAGGAUGGAGGUGCCGCAUGUGAUGCUGAAGAUGAAGUUUCUGCCGUACAAGCUAAGGACGUUCCUCAUUCGCAACGGGCUCGGCACUCUGCUGAAGAAAGGCCGUCAUGAAUACAUGGCGUAUGCUACCAGGCUGCUCAAGGUGUGGGGCACGUCACCAGCUGCAACUCGCGAGAUGACCGCGCUCUGCCGAGCAUGGGCGGAUUAUGUGCUAGGCCUGCCCGACUCCCCCCGCCCUCCCAAGUCCGUCUCCUCGAACUCCUACCUCGAUUAUGCCGAGCCCUUUCUUGCUGCCUACGCCAAGAGGGGCGCAGCACAGGCCAAGGCAGUGGGGGCUGCAUGGGACGGGGAAGCAGGGGAGGGGAGUGAGGGGAAGAGAGGGGACGGGAGUGAGGGGAUGCGGGGGGAGGAGAGUGGAGGGGAGGGAGGGGGAGCGGAGGGGAGGGGGGAGCAGGGCAAGGGACUGCUGGUGUUCUUCCUGGGGAUCCCUGGGUGUGCCAAAUCCGCUCUCUCAGAAGCCCUUAUGCAGAUGGGUAGAGGCAGUGGGGGCGGUGGAGGCAGUGAUUCAGCUGAGCAGGCAUGGACUGGCAGCGAGGGCGAGUCGUCUGCGCAGGGAGCGAGAGACGGGGGGGAUGCUUCAGCGGACCCUGUUGCAGGAGCAGAGGCAGGGGCGGUAGAGGAGGAGGAUGGGUGGCAGGAGGUGACGAGAGGGAAGGGCAAGGGGAAGAAAGGUGGGAGAGGUGGCGGGGAGAAAGGACCGGGGGCAGGAGGGGGAGGUGGAGGAGAAAGGGGAGGAAGGAGAGGGGAGAGAGCGACAGGGGGUGAGGGAGGAAGCAAGGAGGGAGGGAAGGGAAGAGGGGAGGUGGAGGAGGGUGGAGGGCCGUUGGGGGAUGGGAGGGAAUGCUUGCACAUUAUGGGCGACAAGACAAUCGGCAAGUACUGGAAGAUGUUGGGGGCGCGCAUGAGGAAGGAGAGGGGGGCGAGGGUGAACGUGCUGGCGGAUAAGAAUGCGCCCAACGAGGACGUGUGGAACCAGAUAGAAGCCAUUUGCCACGACACAGGGCUGAUAGGCGUGCCUGUUGUGCCUGCCUCGCUAGGCACACUGCACAACGCUUUCGACUGGCGAGUGCUGGCCGUGUUUCUGUUCCGCGUGAUUCAGCGCACCAACCACCCUGGCGAUUUGGAUGCCAGCUCACCAGCUCCAGGGCAAGUGGUGCUGAGCUUCCAUUCACUCUACGGAAGACAUAACCGGGAGGACUUUGAGGCGGAGCUGAAGCAGCGCUUUGGUGUGCUCGUGACCAUGCCUGUUGUCAAACCUGACUCCCCUCCACUACCAGACGAGAUAGCUGGCGUCAUCAAGUCAGGGCACAAGCUGCGGGAAACCAUAUGGAAGCGACAUAAAAGCAAGGAGCCUCUGAAAACGCCAAUGGUAGAGGAGGUGUUGGAGUGGGAGGGGGAGUUGAGAGCGGUGCUGCACAAGCACGCCCCCUACCUCACUUCCAUCCAGCUGCCUCUUGACCAAGUGGUCGCAACAGUCCAAAACCAGCUCCACCAGAUCGCUACAGGACAAAUCCGGCCACUGGUCGCCACCAAGACGAGCUUCCGCAGCAUUCGCCUGGCAGCGGUGGUGAUUGAUCCCGCUGCUGAUGUGGCGCCGGGCGGCGCUGACGUGGCUACAAGUGGGCGACAGCUAUUGCAGACGUUGGAAGAGCUGGCGAGAUCUGAUUCGUCGGUGGCAGAGUUCUGGAAAACGGCAGAAGGGCCUCUGAGAAAGAAACUGGACGUGGGUACCAGUGGUGCUGCUGUCGCUGCUGGUGGUGCUAGUGGCGCUGGUGGUGGUGGCAGCAGCAGGGGGUUGGGGUGGCUGCAUGUGACUCUGGCCCACAAGAAGGAGCAGGGAGUGCCGGCAGUGGUGGGGUAUGCUCCCAUGGAGGGGCGUGCAGUGACGGUGCUGGCAACGGCGCUGCUGUUUGAUCAACAUGUGGCUGCACUCGCCGUGGAGCUGAGGGAAGGGGAGGAGGGGGAGGCGGUUCGCUCGCUUAAUCCGUUUGCGCACGUCACUUUAUGGCAGGCGGAAGGGGCAAAGGCCGUUCAAUCGCUGGACCUGCCCAGUGCAGUAGAGCGAGGGGAGGCCACGCGCCCAGACCUCUGCUGCUGCGCGCUUUCCGCCACGUUUUGCUUUGCUUCUCCUCGCGCUGAGCUUCCGCCUACUCUGAGCUUUCCCCUUGCGCUUCCGCCUGCUCUGCGCGCCCCCGUGCUCCGCGCGCCCGCGGGCAUGCAGGGGAAUGAGGGCGCGGAGGGACCUUCCGGCGGAGGCGGGGGAGCCGGGCGGGCGAAGGGGAAAGCGGCGGCGGAGGAGUUGGGCGGGUCGAAGAAGAAGGCGGGAAUCUUCCUGCGAGAAUUGCGGCUCAUGAUGUACGGCUUUGGAGAUGAUCCCGAGCCCCUACCCGAGUCAGUGGAGCUAGUGGAGGAGAUAGUGAUAGAGUACAUCACGGACCUCGUGCAUCGGGCUCAGGAGGUGGCAGCCAGGCGAGGCCGCCUCACCACAGAAGACGUGCUCUUCCUCAUCCGCAAGGACCCACGCAAGUUUGCAAGAGCCAGGGAGUUACUGGCAAUGAACGUGGAGCUGAAAGAAGCAAGAAAGGCAUUCCAAGAGGAGCAAUAA